ACAAAUUUAUUAAAUUGUAAUGUUUAAAAGAAUUGUUAAGAGAAUAUUUCAAUAAGUGCCUGUGAGAAAACGUGAUAAUAAAGUGAAUAAGCUGUCUCUCAAAACUAUCACCGUAAGGAUUGCCACAAAAUACAUGUAACUUUGCCGAACUCGUCGUGGAGGCCUCUACAUACAGAUGCCAUUGAUAUUUACAUAUUUUUUCAAAUCAGCUGUUUAAGCGUUGGAUUCGCACGAUUAAAAGGGACAUCAGCCUCGGCUUCUGAGACGCGCAAUAAAUGGCCUUAAUACGUUGCUGCUUCGAACCAGUUGAGUUACCGGAAUUUUUCGACACUUUUGUACAGAAAUGCACCGAUCCAACAUGUUGCUGCGGUUGUUGUUCAGCACUGCGUCCACGCUACAAACGCCUGGUCGAUAAUAUAUUUCCAGUGAAUCCUGAAGAUGGUCUGGUCAAAUCUAAUAUGGAGAAGUUAACUUUCUAUUCUCUAAGUUCGCCAGAUAAACUGGAUCGAAUUGGUGAAUAUUUGUAUCAGAAAGCUAGCAAGGACAUAAAUCGCAAACGUUAUAAGUUUGUGGAAAUCGCCAUGGAAGCAAUGGAUUUACUUCUACAAGCUUGUCAUGCUCAAACCACGUUGAAUUUGUUUGUUGAAUCAUUCCUGCGUAUGGUGCAGAAGUUGCUUGAGGACACCAACCCCAAUCUACAAAUUAUGGCAACAAAUUCGUUUGUGAAGUUUUCAAAUAUAAAUGAGGACACGCCUUCGUACCACCGUCGUUACGACUUCUUUAUUUCGAAGUUCUCAGCCAUGUGUCACGGCAACCAUGACAAUAUCGAAUUGCGUGAUAGUAUACGCUUAGCUGGUAUAAAGGGUCUACAAGGCGUAAUUCGCAAGACUGUUUCUGAUGAUUUGGUUGAGAACAUUUGGGACAAGGUGCAUAUGGAGAAAAUUGUACCGUCGUUGCUGUUCAAUAUGCAGUUUUGCGUGAACGUUUUAUUUGUGAAGAAAAAUUUAAUAGCGUCUGGCGAUUUAACACCUGUUGAGGACGCUACGCAUGUUACACCGCCGGUUUUAGCCGAAGAAGUGUUACGCGAGCUGGUUGGGCGCGCAUCUUUCGGUCACAUUCGCAGUGUACUAAAACCAUUGCUUACCCAUCUGGACCGACAUGAGUUGUGGGUGCCGAACACAUUCGCUAUACACACUUUUCGCAUAGUGAUGAUUUCUAUUCAGCCCCAGUAUUCAUAUACUGUAGUAGAGACCUUAAUGCAACACUUAGACAAUAAUUUCAAGUCAUCGCCGAAGACGCGCACAUCGUUGGCAGUGGUGCUAUCAAAGAUAAUAGCUAUUGCCGCGGGCGAAAGUGUCGGCCCUUCCGCAUUAGACAUAAUUAAUAAUUUGCUAAUGCAUUUGCGAACUAGCGUCAGUACAACAACAGAAAUUACCACCGAAGAAUCUCAGUACCAAGAAGCGCUCAUUAAUGCACUUGGAGAGUUUGCUAACCACCAUCCGGACUAUCAGAAAAUAGAAAUAAUGUUAUUCAUUAUGAAUACGGUGCCGGAUCUUUCAAAGAAAAGUAAAGGCGACCAAAUGCUACAGAAUAUACUCUUAAAAUCGCUACUGAAAGUGGGUACCCAAUACAGCACCGUUUCGUUUGAGAAGGCAUUUCCGGCAUCUUUCUUGCAACCCUUACUGAAGAUGGCACGUGCACCACAUGAUCCUACACGUAUUAUCGUUAUGCAGAUCUUCCAGGCCCUACUUGAUCGUCACCAAAAUGAGAAGGUGGUUAGUCAUGUGACUGUUAAGACCUACACCGCCUUGUCGCAGGAGCCACCAUCACGAUCUGAUAUAAUUUUCACGCAUAAAUAUGGUGCAAAUAUAAUGCAAGCACUGAUCGAUAGCAUGGCUUUAUCAGACCGUGUUGAAUCGCUUGUUUCCAGUUACAAUACAGCAGCACUGCUUAUAGUCGAAAUGGCAUGUGGAGAGACCGUACAAGAGUUUCUACUAUUCAUUCUCGGAAUUCAACAAGUCGCUCUCACAGCUGAUUUGGAAUUGGAAGCAGUGCACAAAUGCAAUUUACAUUGCAUUGCAAUCGCCUUGAUGUCUCUGAUAUCUCGCGUUACAGGCGUUAAUAAUUUGCUUGAAUACACCCAGAAGAUAAUCGACGCAAGAAAAGAUGAAGCGCCGUACUUCUUACCACCUUUGCUCGACCCGAAAAAGACCACUUCUACAAAACUUAAUCUAUGCUUACCCCACUUGACGAUCGACAAAAUAGCUCUAGCCGAAAGUCUUCAAAAUGCUGGCAUGGACUUCAACCGCCUGCAAACUGGCACUCCGUAUGCUCUGAAUCAAACCGAUAAUCCUGCACAUCGCCAUUCGUGGGUGGAUACAGUCAGCAAUCCACAGUUGCCGCAACGCAAUAGUUCUGCCGACUUGACUGCAUACAAUGCUGAUGGUGAUAGUGUUACCAGUUCACCAGGGGUGUCAAAGAAAAUGCUUCCUCCCGAAUAUAAUUUUGAAGCCAUGAAGCGUGCAUUGGCCGAACCAUCGGAUGCGAUGAAACGUGAACAGCGCGAGAAACAAUUGCAGAUAGUGCGCACGUUCCGAGAGGGUAACUUCGAAGAUUUAGUACGACGCACAGAGCCUAAGCAUGAUCUUAUUCAAAACCGACUCAACGAUCUUUUCAACUCGCUGGCUGUGGAGCGUCAGAUAACGCAAAGCGACAACAAAACGCAACAGCUGCAAGCAGAAAAGCCUAUUUACGAGACAAAUUUUCCAGAGUUAUUCUAUUAUUAAAUUUCUAAAAGUGAUCACAUUUAUCUUGAGUAUAAGUAAAAAUCUGCGCCAAUUAUAUAACUCACUUUACAAUAUUGCUUACAGAGCGGCUGAAAAAUCAGCAAAGGGGUAGCUUAAAACAUAACAGGCAGCAAUGUUUGUAAACCUUCAUAACAAAAUAAGUACGUGAAUGUGAUUUUUAGUUAGUUAUUUCGAAUAGUUAAACAAAUUUGUUAUAAUACUUAAAAUAUUUUGCUUAUUGGAGAGGUAUUAUUAUGUAUAUUGACUUUUUUCUUGAUAUAAUUAAAACUUAUUGGGGUGACGUGCAGUCAAAGGAAAUUUUAACGUUCUUCGUAUCACAUGCCUAGCAUCUCUUUUCCAACUUUCUUAACCUUUUAUGCCUUUAUUUGUAUAAUAUCUACCUUUUGUAGUAUUCAUGCAGUAGGUAAACAUAUAUAUAAAUAUAAUUAUUAUGGAUGCGUUAUAU